CCACCUCCCUCACCUUCCACCAUGGCCGCACAGCUCAAGGCCAAGUACCCUGUCAACACAUGUAUCUGGGUCAGGCUCCGUGGGCACCCCUACUGGCCCUGCAUUGUCAUCGACCCUGACGACGCACCGCCCGAGGUGGUCGAGGGCGCAGGGAAGAAGAAGGCUACGUCGCUGCUGGUGUACUGGUUUGGCGUCCCGGCGGCGCAGUCGUUCUCGUGGGUGGGCAAGAACCAGAGCUUUAUGCUGUGGGACGACGGGCUGGCCAAGUUUGGCAAGAAGAAGGACCUGGCGCGGGCGCUCAAGGCCAGGGAGGCGUAUGUUAACGGAACGGUUCUGUCGGACGAUGACGACGAGGUUGACGACGGUGCUGCACCGAUGGACGAGGCCGGCGAGGAGGCGCGGGCUGCGGUCGACUCUGAGUCUGAGGCCUCGGCUCCGUCCAGCGACGACGACGAUGAUGACGACGACGACGAGGGCUACACCGAGAGCAAGUCAAAGAAGAAGAAGAAGGCGGCUCCCAAGAAGCGCAAGCGCGCAGCGUCCAAGUCCAACCGCGCGCGCAAAAAGGUGGCGGCUGCCAAGUACCGGAGCUCGAGAGUCGACGACCGCCCGCGCCAGCUCAAGAAGCUGGACGCCGACCUGUGGGACACGCUCGUCCUUCACCGCGACCUGGUGGCCAACACAGGCUCUGUCGCUGAGUUGUGUGUGGUCCUCGAUCGCAUCGCCAAUACCGAGACCUCGUUCAUUGCCGUUGUCUCGUCGCGCCUCGGGCGCCACAUCGCCGCCCUCACCUCGCACGAUGACUCGAACGUGGCGGGCAAGGCCGCCCAAAUUCGCGACAAGUGGGUGGCACAACUUGAGAGCCACGCCGACAAAGCCGACCUCGUCACCCGGCUCCGCGCCUUUGACGCCGUCCUGGGCGUCGCGCCGACGCCGGCCGCGGCCGCCGCCUCGUCGCCGGCGCCCGAGCCCGUCGCGUCGAGCUAAACACACCCCGUGCGUC